AUGAGUGCACAAGAGACUUCCAGUUCGAAACAUCAGAAGCUCAGCAAUUCGCUUAAAAUAUUGUGCCGUUCUUCUGACGCCACUGUACCCACCAAAGGAUCUGCUACUGCAGCAGGCUACGAUAUAUAUGCGUCCAAACCAACUACGAUACCGGGUAGAGGUCAGGGACUUGUCUCAACGGACAUUUCGUUCACGGUGCCCGUGGGCACCUAUGGCAGAAUCGCCCCUAGAUCUGGACUGGCGGUUAAGCAUGGUAUUAACACAGGUGCAGGUGUCAUUGACAGAGAUUACACCGGAGAAGUGAAAAUCAUGCUUUUCAAUCAUUCCGAGAAGGAUUUUGAGGUUCAGAAGGGCGAACGAGUCGCACAAUUGAUCCUCGAAAGAAUCGUCGACGACGCUGAGAUAGUGGUUGUCGACAGUCUAGAAUCAAGUUUGCGUGGUGAAGGUGGGUUCGGAAGCACGGGGAAGUAA